AUCUCUCUUCCCCCUAUCGGCUAUCUUUCUCGUUUUACCAUUACUUCACUAUUUCUCUCCACAGAUCUCCACAGAUUCUAACCCUAAUCUAUAUUUUUGUUACUCUGUAAUUUUUAGGUUUUCUGUAAUAUAUAGUCAGAUACACACGGAGAUAGAUACUUCGCAUAUGGCUUCGAUCGUUAGUCGGUGACUGAUUUUGGUUGAAAAGAGAGGAAUCUAGAAGCAGAAAAGGGAGGAGGAAAAUCAGGGGGAGCUGCGAUCGAACUCAGCCCACAAGACCCGAAUACCGACAGGAAGACAACCUGCCGGACGAUUAGGCCGAGGAAGGUAGCCGCCGGGAGGAAGAACGACGGUAGUAAUACUAUACUAGGAGGAGAUUAGUGCUAGCGGUGGAUGGCGAUGAAGAUGAGGAGCGUGAGGGGAAUGCUGUGAACAGAACGACGUCGUUCGAGGAAGAGAAUAGGACAAGAUAGUUUUUUGAAGGAAGCUUCUUGGGGAUAAGCUGAUGGACGAGUUCGAUAGCGGUGGGCGAAGUGGGGAUAAGGGUUUGGGGGCUGAUGACGAAGGGAGCACCGCUCCCCUUCCAGAAAGGGUCCAGGUUGGUGGAUCUCCUGCGUAUAGGAUUGAUAAGAAGCUUGGGAAAGGAGGAUUCGGUCAAGUGUAUGUUGGCCGUCGCACUAAUCCUCCAAUUCCGACUGAAAGAACUGGUCCAGGAGCUAUAGAGGUAGCCUUGAAAUUUGAGCAUAGAAGCAGCAAAGGUUGUAACUAUGGACCACCUUAUGAGUGGCAAGUCUACAAUGCCCUUGGAGGUAGUCAUGGCAUACCACGCGUACACUAUAAAGGCCGCCAAGGCGAUUACUAUAUUAUGGUUAUGGAUAUGCUUGGUCCUAGUUUAUGGGAUGUUUGGAAUAACAAUUCCCACACGAUGUCAAUUGAAAUGGUAGCUUGCAUUGCCAUUGAAGCAAUCUCAAUACUAGAGAAGUUGCAUUCUCGAGGAUAUGUGCAUGGGGAUGUAAAACCAGAGAACUUUCUUCUUGGACCUCCUGGAACUCCUGAUGAGAAAAAGUUGUUCCUUGUUGAUCUUGGUUUGGCUACAAGGUGGCGUGAUACUUCAACAGGCGCACAUGUUGAAUAUGAUCAACGUCCUGAUGUUUUCAGAGGGACAGUACGUUAUGCAAGUGUGCAUGCUCAUCUUGGAAGGACUGGAAGCCGAAGAGAUGAUUUAGAGUCCCUUGCUUACACACUCAUUUUCCUUCUCCGUGGACGGCUGCCUUGGCAGGGAUACCAGGGUGAGAACAAAGGGUUCCUUGUCUGCAAGAAAAAGAUGGCUACUUCUCCAGAAACGCUCUGUUGCUUCUGCCCUGCUCCUUUUAGGCAGUUUGUUGAAUAUGUUGUGAAUUUGAAGUUUGAUGAGGAACCAAACUAUGCCAAGUACAUUUCUCUUUUUGAUGGAAUAGUUGGCCCAAAUCCAGACAUCAGACCAAUUAACACAGAUGGUGCCCAAAAGCUUAUUUACCAAGUUGGACAGAAGAGAGGAAGAUUGACGAUGGAAGAAGAUGACGAUGAACAACCAAAAAAGAAGGUCCGCAUGGGCAUGCCUGCUACCCAAUGGAUCAGUGUUUACAAUGCUCGUCGGCCUAUGAAGCAAAGGUAUCACUAUAAUGUUGCAGAUGUGAGGCUGGCUCAACACAUAGAGAAAGGAAAUGAGGAUGGACUGUUUAUCAGCAGUGUUGCAUCUUCUUCAAACCUGUGGGCCCUAAUUAUGGAUGCUGGAACCGGAUUCACUGCUCAAGUUUAUGAAUUAUCACAUCAUUUCCUUCAUAAGGAAUGGAUUAUGGAACAGUGGGAGAGGAAUUUUUACAUUAGUGCAAUAGCAGGAGUUAACAAUGGGAGCUCUGUAGUAGUCAUGUCAAAAGGUACCCAGUAUUUGCAGCAGUCAUAUAAAGUUAGCGAAUCAUUUCCAUUUAAAUGGAUAAACAAAAAAUGGAGGGAGGGGUUUUAUGUUACUGCCAUGGCCACAGCAGGAAGUAGAUGGGCAAUUGUAAUGUCUCGUGGGGCUGGGUUCUCUGAUCAGGUUGUAGAAUUGGAUUUCCUUUAUCCCAGUGAAGGAAUUCAUAGGAGGUGGGAUGCUGGUUAUCGCAUAACAUCAACUGCAGCAACAUGGGAUCAAGCUGCUUUUGUUCUUAGUGUUCCAAGACGGAAACCUUCUGAUGAAACACAAGAGACACUUCGAACAUCUGCAUUCCCUAGCACACAUGUUAAGGAGAAAUGGGCGAAGAAUCUUUACAUUGCAUCUGUCUGUUAUGGGAGAACGGUUUCCUGAGACAACAUAAUUUUGCAACAAGUAAUUUCAUGGACAGACAUAAGCUAUAGUUGUACGGGCCAUUCACAUGUAUUAGCUAAUAUAUAAUCCUCUAUCAGAGAAAAUGCUCACAUUUUAACCUGGUUGGGCUAACUCAUCAAUCCUUUGAGAUGUACAACAAUUUUCUUAUUGACAAAUGUGAUUACUGCGGCUGUCUGGUUGUAUCAAGCUCUUUAUGCAGUAAGUGAUACUAGAUGGGGGGUAAUUUACUUAUUGGUCAAUGUCUGUAUAGUUUGAACAAUAAUUAAAUUUCAAAUGCAAGCAGAACGGGCAAUGGUUGAUGGUUUUAUGAACCAUGCAAUUUAAGAUUUUGCAAUUAAGUCUGGAUAUUGUUAGCUAAUAUUCUUCUUCCCCUGUAGUCUUCUCUGUGUUUGGAUUUUAAGCUCUACGAUUGUGGAUUAAGUGGACAAUAUUAACCUA